UAUCAAAAGAAAUUCAAAACCCUACCUAAACAAUCGCUGACUCAUCAGCAAUCCAUAAAAGAAAUGCUUAAGCUUUACAUUACUGUAAUUCCACAUUCCUAUAUAAUACUGUUUCUCGCAUUAAAUACAUAACUAAGAAUAGAACUUAAAGAACCAAAGGGCAUUAUGCCUAAACUAUGGUGCUUUUUGUCCACAGUCACACUCUUUCAACUAUGCACUUUCACCUUCUCCAGGCUUGAGCUGGUGCCAACACCACCGUUGCCAAUUCUGCCCCUUCCCUCAUAUGCCCAGCUGAAAUGGCAACAAAGGGAGCUCAUCAUGUUCCUCCAUUUUGGAGUGAACACAUUCACAGACUCUGAGUGGGGCACAGGCCAUGAAAACCCAGCAAUCUUCAAUCCAGUUGGGCUCAAUGCAAACCAAUGGCUGAGCACAGCAGCAGAUGCAGGCAUAUCAUUAGUCAUACUUACUGCAAAACACCAUGAUGGGUUUUGCUUGUGGCCUUCUAAGUACACUGACCACUCUGUGGAAAAAAGUCCAUGGAAAAAUGGUCAUGGGGAUGUUGUGCAGGAGCUUGUCAAUGCAGCCAAGCCCCUUGGGGUUGAUGUUGGGCUCUAUCUCUCACCUUGGGACAGGCAUGAUCAGAGAUAUGGGCAUGAGAUUGCAUACAACCAAUACUACUUAGCUCAAUUGCAAGAGCUACUCAAUAGAUAUGGGAGUGUGAGAGAAAUUUGGUUUGAUGGAAGUAAGGGUAAGAAUGCACCAAACAUGUCCUAUUAUUUUACAGAUUGGUUCUCCAUGGUGAAGGAGUUGCAGAGCUCCAUUAACAUAUUUUCUGAUGCGGGUCCGGAUGUUAGAUGGGUUGGAAAUGAGAAAGGCUUUGCUGGGAGUACAUGUUGGUCCACCAUUAACCGGACCUCUCUAUCAAUCGGAAAUGCAAGCAUUGAAGAUUAUCUCAACAAUGGCGAUCCAAAAGGGACAGAUUGGUUGCCAGCAGAGUGCGACGUUUCGAUCCGACAAGGAUGGUUUUGGCAUAAAUCACAAACACCUAAGAGGCUAAGCCAGCUACUUGAAAUUUACUACAACUCAGUGGGACGAAAUUGUUUGCUGCUACUCAAUGUGCCUCCUAACUCAACCGGGCUUAUAUCAGAAGUAGAUGUUCAAAGACUGAGAGAAUUUAGAAGGGCAAUUGAUACAAUAUUUUCUACCAAUUUAGCAGAGAAGUGUUCUGUCAAAGUUAGUAGCCAAAGAGGAGGCAAAGGAGGAGGCUUUGGACCUGAAAAUGUGCUAGACAGUGACCAUUUGUGGACAUACUGGGCUCCAAGGGAUGAUGACAAAGAGGGCCAUUGGAUUGAAAUCAGAGGUACAGGCACAGAUGGAGGGCUGAGAUUCAAUGUGAUCAGGAUUCAAGAGGCAAUUGGGCUUGGUCAGAGGAUCAAAAGGCAUGACAUUUAUGUGGAUGGUAAAAGAGUAGCAAAUGGAACCACAGUGGGGUACAAGAGGCUUCACAGACUUGAAGAGGGAGUGAUCCAUGGAAAAAUUGUAAAAAUUAGAAUUGAAGAAUCAAAGGGAUUGCCUUUAAUUUCUUCCAUUGGUUUGCAUUUUGAUCCCUUUUGGCACCCAAAUCCAAAUGGGCAGCGACCUCAAUAAAAAGAGAUGAAAUAAAAUAAAGAGAGCACUGAUCUCGUGCUCUAUUAAUUUUUUUGUUAAA